ACCAUAUCUAUUCAACAGGCUACGUUCGAAAAUUAACUGGUAUUAUUCCAAGUACAUUAACCGUCUAGAAAAUCGUAUUAGUGAUACCUAUACUUUCAUCCUGAAGACGCCAUGAAUUACCAAAGAAAACUUCCAUUACUUCUUACUUUACUCGUGUUGAAAGAGAUUCCAUCAACGCAGACUGCCUCACCCUCCCUCACGUAUGACAUCUCAAAAUCAUUGGCUAAUUGGAUUGACAGGAUAUUUGAAAACUUCAAGGAUUCGAAUAUCGAUAGAGUCUUGAAAAAUGCAUUCGUUUCAGCCAAGGAACACAUCGUGGGAGAAUUGGAAUACAACACAACUGACGAAAGGAACCCUGCACUUUUCCAAACGGAAGUCAUACUUUACAACGUUACUUUGUGUAUUAAUCCAUCGGAUACAGCAGGAACUAUGCCAUUUACACUAAGAACGUGGAAAUCAUCCGAUAAAAAAAUUCGUGUAUCGACCGAAAGAUUAACAAUUGUUUCGGAUGUAGGAAUUCGUGCACACAAGAAUGAGUCUUAUGCCAGCUACUUCGCCGAGUUACAAUUCCAGGACUUCGUAUUGGAGGCGUCUCAAAAGUCUGAAGAUACUACAGACGUAAAAUUCUCUUUCGAAUUUUCCUACAAUAAUUUUUACAUGUAUAAUUACAAUCUUCGGGAUGACACAAAAUGGCCUGAAGACGAGCCAAGAAAAACGAGUAAACUCAUAAUGCCGUCACUGCUACGCGAACAUAUGAAUCGUAACCCGAAAUUCUCCGAAGCAAUUAACCAAAUCAUCAAAAACGACAACCAACCUCCCGAAAUUGGGUCAGCUGACCGGCAGCAAUAUUACUACUUUAUACCACUAAUUCCCUUUUACGGUUUUGGAAUGAGAAAUGUCAUUAUCCAGGGGUUACUGAACAUCGAAUCUUUAGACAUAGACAAGGGAUCUUCCCUUUUUACCCAUACAAUGUUGAUUAGAAAUAUCACAGGACAUAUGGUCUUAGACUAUGCUUCUGAUGAAAUGGCACCUUUAGAACUAAAUUUCCUGAUUGAUUACUUUUCUAUUUCGAUUCAAAAUGCAAACAAUUUAGUGCACGUGGAAACGAGAAGCUAUAGUGUUAAUCGAACAACCGGCGAUGAUCCAUUAACUUAUCGUCAAUCAGCGAAUAUAAUUCGAAAAAUAGAAUGUGCUUUGGUUGCUGGCUUGGUGCCAUCAAAACGAGCUUGGAAAACGUGCCAAAUGGAAUCUGAUAUCGGCCAAAUUGAAAUCACAAAUGAAACUGACUGGAACGUGAUCGUGAAACAAUACAGCGAUUGGAUCCCAUUUAACCCAAUUGACGCCUCGAAGAAAUCGGGUUUGAUACGAAGAAUAUUCCAGGCAGCAGGUGGAUGUUUUGGGUCGAGAUGUUGAGAACAAAUUAAUUUUGGAAAAUCGGAUUUAGGGUGACUGCAUCGAUUUACCUACCUAUCAACUUCAGAACUGUCUCGACUACCUACUCAUAUAAAUAAAAUUAAUGUUUUGUACCUCUGCUCAUUAUUUCACCAGAACUCA